AGACGACUGUUGUCCCCGCAUUAUUGUUGUUGUGUCGAGGUUAAAACGACCCUGUGCAACAGGCGGCGCAUGCUCAACACAAAGGACUGUAUUUCUUCUCGAGUAGCAUAUGCUUUGACAGUGUUGUUUUGGCUUCAUUUGGUCCUAAUGCAGCCAGAAGAGAAGGAGCCAUUUAAAAGCAGCAGCAGAGGCAGUGGCAGAGGCAGCAGCAGCAGCAGCAGGAGGAGGAAAACACGAGCUGAGGCGAUGUCAAGGUGCGAGGAGAGAAUCUGACUUCUAUACGACAAGAAACGGGAAGAAAAAGUGUGUUUUUCUUCAGCCGACUGUGGAAGCUUCUGAAGCUGCUUCUUCACUGAGACCAGCGGUGAAUACAAACUAUUCAGACUCCACUUUUACCUUCAUCCUCGUUCUCCUCAUCUGCUGCAGCUCCUGCACGACAGUCUGCAGCAGACUCAGGUAACGCAUUCGUUGCCAUGGCGUCAACAGCUCUGGAGCUGAUGGGCUUCUUCAUGGGCCUGAUCGGGAUGCUGGGAACACUGGUGGCCACCGUGCUACCGUACUGGCAGAUUUCCGCCCACAUCGGCUCCAACAUCGUCACAGCCGUGGCGAAUAUGAGGGGCCUGUGGAUGGAGUGUGUCUACCAGAGCACGGGAGCUUUUCAGUGUGAGACCUACAACUCCAUGCUGGCCCUGCCCUCUGACCUUCAGGCGUCUCGUGCCCUCAUGGUCAUCUCCUUGGUGCUGUCUAUCAUUGCCAUCGCCAUGGCAGCUCUGGGAAUGCAGUGCACUCUUUGCCUUGAGGGCUCAGGUGCGUCAAAGAGUCGCGUGGCCGGAGCCGGCGGGGGAUUAUUCCUCUUUGCCGGCUUUCUGGCGCUCAUACCCGUGGUGUGGACCACACACGAGGUGGUCCAGACCUUCUACAGACCAAAUGUGCCUUCCAGCAUGAAGUUUGAGCUCGGGGAGUGUCUGUAUGUGGGUCUGGCCUCAGCGCUUAUCUCAAUGCUGGGCGGGGGGAUGCUGUGCCUGUCGUGCUGCGAGGAGCAGGACGGCGUCCGCGGGAGACGACACGCCGGAGGGUAUCCCUACCCAGGAGGAGCCGGAAUGUCCGGCACGGGGAUAAGGACAACCUCGCAGGUCUACCGCAACCCCACGCUGCAGUUGGGGGGUAUAAACGCAUCCAGCAGGGGGCAGACUCUGUUACGCACUACUAGUGACGACUCCCAUUCCAGUACACAUGGAGUCCAGGGAGCCAAGAAGCCAACAGCGUCAGGAUAUGACAUCACAGGCUACGUGUGAUGUCACUACCUUUACCGUGUUCACUGACAACUUAAGAUCCACUCAAUGUAUUUAUGUAUGUUCUGAAAUGACCAGACUACAUCAACAUUUUUUGUAUCUUUUCUGAAAAACUGUACGUUUAAAAAGGAUGACACAAAUGAUGCCUUGCACCAUUAUAUUUGUGAUGUAUUUUUUUCGCAUAAAAGUAAUAAAUGUGUUUUAACGCGCGCGCGCGCACACACAC